ACCUAGGCUUCCCUCUGGCCGCCGGCAGGCACCCAGGACCUGGGCUUCCCUUGCAGCCCCGACUUUGUCCAGAAGGUCAUCUGGUUUAAUUAGCAUAUUAUGCUUUUAUCAUUUAUGGAAUAUGUUUAAACAUUUAAGAACACAAGCAAGGGCUGCUCUGUCUGUGGAGUAGCUUGUGCUCUGUCUCACUGCUUCACUAAUAAACUCUAUUUCACUUGAAAAAAAAACAUAAGCGAAUUAUGUAGGCUUAUUUGCUGCCGGUCAGUGUGAUAUUAGAGGGAAAUUCUUUUCUUCCCUGAAACUAGUUUCUCUGGGUUUCCACCUAUUAACAUUCCACUUCUAGGUGUGUAGAAUUUUCUCAUCUAAAUGCUAAUUCCUAAAACAUAUGUACAGUAUUCUGUAGAUUUCAAAGUGCUGUUGAUUUACUUAGCCAUUAUUGUUGACCAUUUCCUGUGUGCCAAGCACUGUUCUUUAUUAAACAAAACAAAGUCCCUGCCCCCCAUGGAGCUGACAUUCAACCAUCUUUCAUCAUCACCUCAGCCUAUUUAGGACAAAUGAGAGUGCUUCUCAUUUAUUGACAGGGAAUUCAACAUUGUUCAGGUCAUCAAAUUUGCUGUGCAAAAGCAAUACUAUCAUAUGUCCUUAACAUAUUCUGGUUAUUUCAAAGUCAUUAAGGAACCUCUUAGAUGAGUCAUUGAAUGAUUUUGUUUUGGUAGUUAUUCUUUUUGUUUUCUUCCUGCUUGGAAACUCACUUUUCCAUCUCCUAAGUAUGAAUUUUAAUAGAACUUUUCAAACUUUUGUUUGCAUCACACUGUACUUGCCUAGUUUUUAAUUUUUUGACAGUUUUGACAUCUCCAUCCUUGUUUUCAUGUCUAUGGUUUCCAUAAAGACUUUUCUAAGCACUUUAUUUCAGAAUUCAUGUCCUUAUCCUGAAUUUCUUAACCAUCUUUUUAGUUUAUUUUUAACUUUUUUAAGUGUGCACUUCAGUGGCUUUUAAUAUAUUCACAGAAUUGUGCAGUUAUUACCUCUACUCAGUUCCAGAACAUUUUUAUUGCCUCAGAAAGAAACUCUGUACUCAUUAGCUAUCACUCCCCAUUUUCCCCUCUCCUAGCUCCUGGCAACCACAAAUGAGUCUACUUUCUGUCUCUAUAGAUGUCUUGAUAUUUCAUAUAAGUGGAAUCAUAUGACAUGUUAUUAUAUGUUAUAUGAUUUUGUGUCUGCCUUCUUUCAUCUAGCAUAGUGUUUUCAAGGUUUAUCCAUGUUGUAGCAUGUAUUGAUACUUCAUACCUUUAUUGCCAAAUAAUAUGCCAUUAUAGGGAUAUACCACAUUUCACUUAUUCAUUCAUCAGUUGAUAGUCCUUUGGGUUGUUUCUACUCUUUGGCUAUUAUGAAUAACUAGUGGCCUGGUGCACAAAAUUUGUGCACAUUAAAAAGGAAUUAAUUAGAGGAAAUAUUUUAAUAUUGCUACUUGCCCUUUCUCUAUAAUAGAAGUAUCAGAGAUGAAAGAAAAUUAGUAAAAUGUAUAUUAAAAUCUCCCUCCUGUCAGAGUCUGGGGUGUACCAUGGGACCCAGAUUCAUAUACCCGCCCACCCGCAUGUGCCUCAAAAUCAAGCGAGAUCCAGACCAGGCCUGGCGGGUUGUGCAGCUUCAGGUCCCCCAGCCCCGGUGCUGAUGUGGGGGGUGCAGCCUCAGAUCCCCCAUCAAGCAGUGCUGGGAGGGAGGCGCGGCCUCAGGUCCCCUGGCCCUGGUGCCGAUGCAGGGAGCAUGGCCUCAGGUCUCCCAGCCCCGGUGACAACCAUUUGCAUAUUAGCUCUUUAUUAUAUAGGAUGCUACUGAGAACAUACAUGUACAAGUUUUUAUGCAUAUGUUUUUAGUUCACUGGGUCAUAUGGUAGCUCCAUACCUAACAUUUUGAGGAACUGCCAAACUGUUUUUCCAAAGUGGUUGGCCUGUUAUGUGUGCCCCACCAGCAGUGUAUAAUAAAGGUUCAAUUUCUUCACUUCCUGGUCAAUACUUUUUCCUGUCUUUUUUAUUGUAGCCAUCUAGUGAGUAUAAAGUGGUAUUUCUUCCUCCCCCUCCCUUUUUUUUCGUAUUUCCCUAACAACUAGUAAUAUUGAGGACCUUUUCAUGUACUUAUUGGCCUUUUGUAUAUAUUUUUUGUGAAAUGUUCACAUCUUCUCCCCAUUUUAAAAAUUAAUUUAUCUUUUUAUCAUUAAGUUAUAUAUUCAGGGUACAAUUCUCUUAUCAGAUAAAUGAUUUGCAAUUUUUUUUCCAUUCAGUAGAUUGUCUUGAUGGUGCUUUAUUAUUAUUAUUGUUAUUAUUGUAAAAUAUACACAACAAAUUUACCAUUUUAAGUGUACAAUUCAGUGACAUUAAUGUGUUUAAAUAUGUUCACAAUAUUAUGCAACCAUCACCUUCAUCCAUAUCCUGAACUUUUCCAUCAUCCGAAAUAGAAAGCUCUGCAUGGAUGAGAAUGCUCUGCCUGGAUCAGAACUCUCUGCCUGAGAAAGAUGGCUUCUGUGGUAUGGAGGAAUAACUUAGUAUAGGGUUCCUAGUGGCUGUCCUCUCAGCUCUCUCCCAGAGCCACCAACCCCAGACUCUCCUCACAUAGUUGUAGUCCACUCUGCCCUUCCUCUGCUAAAGCCCAAGAAGCCUGAAAAAUAAAGCCUGAAAUGAGGUAUUCAACUACCAAAAUUUCCCCAGCAAAGAUGAACAAUUCAGCAGGAAAAGCCCUGGUAAAAUCUUCUGGGUUGAGAAAAUCCCAACAGGCCAGAGAAAUUUACAAGAUGUACUUUAUGCAGCUAUGUUCUGGCCUUGUCAUAGAAAAGAAGGCCUGUUACUUUAGGAAAGAAACUGUCAAAAGGCAUUCACCAGAAACAGUUGGAAAUCACAAAGAGCCACAUCUGCUAUUCACUACCUUUCGGAAGCACCUGGAACACCUUGAACAAUUUGUGGAGGCCUUCCCCUUUGAUAUGCCUGUGGUCCAGAAAGAUACUAGAACAUUUGAUGGCUCAAGUAUCCUAGAAUGUUCUUUUUCCCUGAACACAUAUAGCGAUCAAUCCACUACUUUUGGUUUUGUGGAUGGAGGUUAUGAGAUCUAUGUUGAAGAUUAGAGGGAAAAACAAGAGAAAUACAAGGUAUUAUUCUGUUACUAUGUCUUGCAGUUACCUGCAAGCGAAGCAGGUGAUUGUGUUGAUUGUCACAAAUUAAUGGUAAGCCUCAGUCUUACAAAAGACAAAGAUUUCUUGCUGCAUGCCAACAACAAGGAGCACUCUGUGAAGCUACAGAAAUGUGAAAAUUCGUUGCCAGUCCAGAUCUUUUUUCUUCCUACUGAGCUCCAGCCCUCCCCAUGUGUUUCAUUUGAAUAUAAGAGCAAUCCUGGAGUGUUUAUAGGAGUAAAGGAUAACCAUGUUGCUCUAAUUAAAUUAAAUGACCAAACUGAGCAUUCAAGAAGAGAGAAUAUAAAAUUUCAGCUGUCUUGAAUGUAAUGUGUUUGAAAGUUGUGAAUCCUGGGUUGAGUAGCCCAAAUAGCUACCAUGGAAGAGAUUGUCAAAAAGAGAGAGAGAUGAAAUAGAAUCACUUGCCCUUUAAACAAUAACUCCCUUUCUUGUUCCUUCCCAGACCAUAGUAACCACUAUUUCUACUUGUUAGUUCUCUAAGUUUGCCUCUUCUAGGUGCCUCAUAUAAGUUUAAUAAGAUAAUAGAUGUCCCGAUGGUGUCUUUUAUAGCACAAAAGUUUAAUUUUCAUUAAGCUUAAUUUAUAUUUUAAAUAAUUUUUAAUAAUCUUAAAUUUGUAAUUUAUAUUGUCACUGUGCUUUUGGUGUUGUAUUUAAGAAGCCAUUGCCUAAUCCAAGGUCAUGAAGAUUCACUUGAACCAUUUUUGAAUACUCUCUUACUUGGUCCUCCCAUCCAUAUUUAAAACAUCAAUAUAAUUAUUAAGAUUUUUAUGGGGAGGGUUUAUUAAAUGUCCUCUUUUUACGUUUUUAGAUCAAAAUAGUGGGUUUCAAACUGUAGAAUCUCCUGGGAUGCUUAUUAAAGCACAGGUUCCUCAGAUGAGUUUUGUACAUUUGUUGUAAACUUCUAGUAGACCAGCAUCAUGUAGUUGAAAAAGUGUGGAAUUAAAAUAGUCCAGCAUGGCCUGGCCAGCGUGGCUCAGUGUUUGAGCAUCAACUAUGAACCAGGAGGUCAUGGUUCGAUUCCUAGUCAGGGCACAUGCCUGGGUGUGGCUCUAUCCCCAGUGUGGGGCAUGUAGGAGGCAGCCAAUCAAGGAUUCUCUCUCAUCGAUGUUUCUAUCUCUCUCUCCAUCUCCCUCUCUGAAAUUAAUAAAAAUAUAUUUUUUUAAAAAAAGGCCAGCAUGGUGAUUUAAGAGCAUGGCCUCUAUAGCCUGACUACUUUGAUGUAAAUCGUGACUAUGUCCCUUUCUAGUUGUACAGUUAUGGGCAAGUCACUUGUUCUCUCUGGGCAUUCAUUUUCUUUCAUAGGGUUGUUGCAAGGAUUAAACAAGGUGAAGCACAUAGAGGAGUUUGGCAAUAAUGAGUACCACAUAAGUGUUAGACAUUGUUAUACCCUUUAACUCAGUAAUGCCGUUUCCAGGGACUUAAUCUAAGAAUAAUAUCAGAGAUAUUGCCUAAAGAUGUAUAGCAGUUUCAUCAUAGAGAUUAAUUCCCCAAAAUCUACCAUAUAUAAUCAGUAGACCUAUUAUUAAAUAAAUUAAUUAAAUUUAUGAAGUGUCAUUUGCCAUUUAGUCAUAUUUUCAACAAAUAUUUAAUGCCAUGGAACCUAACAAUGUAAGUGAAAAAAAAUUAAAUAUGCAACUAUAUAUAAAGUAUGUCUUUAAACUUCUUUAAAAAUACUGGGCAAGUGAGUGGAAUGGUGGUCUUACAAUGCAUAUAAGUAUGUUAAACUGUUGAGAGUGGUUGUCCUUAGAAGCUGGGAGGAGUAAUUUUAAUUUCUUCUGUACUUUAUUGUACUCUCUUGACUUCAACAGUAAGUAUUUUAUACUAAAAAAAUGUUACUUUUUAGAAAGACUAAAUGGGGGAAAGCUCAAUGUGAAAUAGGAAAGCAUAAUGUGAAUAAGAAACCCGAGUCUGAGAAAUAAGCCAGUCAGAGAAAGACCUAUAUCACAUGAUCUCACUUAUAUGUGGAAUCUAAUGAAUAAAAUAAACUAAUGAACAAAAUAGGUCCUGAGACAUUAAUGCUUGGAAAAGACUGACAGAUCUCAGGGGGACGGGGAGAGAUUAACCAAUGAACAUAUAUGCAUAGCCCAUGGACACAGAUAAUAAUUUGGUGAA